CUUCAACAUGGGAGGAAGUGGUACCACUGUUUUGACAUUUCAUAUUUUUUUAAGAAUAUGACUUUCUCUCAGUAAAGAUGGCACAACAUAAACAAAGUGCACAUGACUUCAUUCAAUGCACGUUUAGUCCACAAGUUGCCGUUCUAACCAGCAGUGAUGCGGAAGUCUUAUGUCAGAAAAACAAUCUAUCUUUCGUUCAGUUGGUUCAACCUUUCUGUCGACUAAAAACAGAAGCUCACAUCAAGGACCCAAACAAUGUCCAGCACAAUCUUCAACAUCUUCGAAUCAACAUGGUGGACAUGAACAGUCAUGUGUCAACGCCCGCUGUUGCUAAGAAGAUGAUGCAUGAUGCUGUAAGCAAUGAGCAACCACAGAUGACUGAGGGAAGUCGGGGCAAUGUAAUCACUGUUGGAGAUUAUGAUCUUCAACUCAGCUCUACUACACCCUGGUUUGAGGCAUACAGAGAGUGCUUCCUUCAAACUUUACCGCCAUCUGAGCAUGAGUUUCUGAAGCACUGCCUAGCUUGCAUAUUUGUGGUGUCCUCGAACCACCCUGAGCCACUACGCAUGCUGCAGACCCUAUCCAGCAGCCAGCAACAGCAGCAGUCCCAGUUCCCGAACAAACUCCCCCAAUGGUUCUCCCCGAACAUCCUCAAAUACUACGUUAUUGUGCAUGAUAUGGUGGAGGCUGAGGCGCAGAAGACAGAGGAUGUAUAUCAGACCAUGAAGUCAUCAUUUGGACACCAGAGCUGCCACCUACUGCAGAUAAACUCACGCUCAAUGACAGCAGUGGAAACCAUGGCAACUGACACAAGUCUGCCAGACCCCUGGGGCCAGUUCCUACACAAAACACCGGAAACUGGGAAAAAGCCAAAUAAGGCUAAAUAUUUUAUAGCUUGGGAAGGGGUUGACUAUGAUGGCUCAGCCAGCAGUGGGGCUGAAGAUGUGGCGUUUCCCAGCAGGGUGGAGGAGGGGGAACCGGAACCAGUCACACAUGUUGAAGGAAAUGCAGGUGUGAAUGGUGUGGGCAACAAUUCUGCUGUUAUUGACCACCCACUGGCUCUCAGCAAUGAGAGCCCUUUGAAUAGCCCUGGGUUUGAGGAUUAUCCACAGAUACCUUCAACAAAGAGCUCAAUGACCAGUAUCAGCAGUAUGCAUUCGAACAUGUCCAAGUCUGGGUCGUUCCAUUUGGAGAAGGGUCGUGUAUCAGGUCACGGGAUGUGCCUCACUGCCAGCGACCAGGACCGACUCCGUAUCUUUAUACAUGAGUUUGCCGUGCGGGCUCUCAUUCCCUGGGCUGAGAGGCAGAUGAGGACUUUGAAUGAAUUGCUGAUGUCGAGGACUGGAAUCCGUAAAUCCAUUAUGGGCACGGCCAAGAAGCUGUUUGGGGGUAACCCUAGUAAGACCAGCCAAGUCACGAACACUGCAACCACUGUCGUCUACUCGAAGGAUGCCCCUGAACUACAGAUGCGACGCCUAGCUGACCUGGCCUUCCUGUUUCAGCUGUAUGAGUUUUCUUACAAUACGUACCACACAGCUAAACGAGACUUUAACAACGACCAUGCAUGGCUGCAUUUUGCUGGGGCACUGGAGAUGGCAUCCCUGGCUAUAUUUAUGCAGGGUCCGCAGGGCCAGCGAGCCUACCCUGACCACUAUAUGGAGUCGGCCAUCACAACCUACAUACAGUCAUGCAAAAAUGUGCCCUACUCUGUGAGGGCUACCCUGGUCAGUACAGAGGCCCUGAAGAGCCGGGGAAAGUACAAGGAUGCCGCCAUGCAGUUCAUUAAGAUGAUGAGUGAGGAGUCUGACCUGCGUAGUGCACUGUUACUGGAGCAGGCAGCCCACUGUUUCAUCAACAUGCGGGCCCCAAUGGUUCGCAAAUAUGCCUUUCACAUGAUUCUAGCUGGACACAGGUUCACCAAGGCCGGACAGAGGAAGCAUGCUUUGCGAGCGUACAGCCAGGCCCUGCAGAUAUACAAGGGUAAGGGAUGGUCCCUGUCAGAGGACCACAUCAACUUCACUGUGGGUCGACAGUCUCACAACCUGAAGCAGCUGGAGAACGCGACUGUGGCGUUUAAACACCUCCUCACUGAGCACAGCAAGCAGUCCGCCAUGCAGCAAAACUCCUUCCUCCGGGAGUACCUGUUUGUGUAUAGGCAACUGCUAAUGCAGGAGGCUGAAGAGACCGGUCUUCAAUCCAACACCCUGCCAGAGUUACCCCUCCCUGCCCUGGAUAGUAACGCCACCAAGGUCCUCCUGGGGGCCCGGCCUACACCUUCACAGGGUGACAAGAUGUAUGCGAGUGGUGUCUGGUUUGAGGACUCUGAUACAGCUGCCGGCAAGUGGGAGAGACUGGAAGAGCUGCUUGUCAUGUCAGUCAAUGGCUCACUUCCUGUCGUGCACCGACCUGUGAAGACACUCUACACAGACAAGACAGACAACAAGUUCAACCCAGUGGCGUAUGUCAGAGAGCCCAUCACCGUAGAGUUCUACCUGGUAAACCCACUGAAGGUGGCCUUGACCUUGACUGAUGUCAUGUUGCUAUGGAGUUUCCUACCAACCAUCGGCAGCCAUGAUAAACCUCAGCUCAUUACAAAUGAAACCAUGGUCACUGCUAAGAACAAUCUUGCUGAUGAGAUCAUUCAUGGUCAGGUGGUGCGAGAGAUUGUCCUUCAGGGAAAUGACAGGCUCCCAGUUCAGAUGACGCUAACACCGCACCAGAUGGGUGACCUGCGUAUCUAUGGACUCACGUACAACCUGGGUAGCUCUUCCACCACAUUUAUGGCCCCGACUCAGGGGCCAGACAACCCCCUGGGUGGGAGUGGGGGCACUGGCGGCCCUAGUAAGGCGAGCUACGUAAGUACGGUGUUCGUGCGGGGUAAACAGAAGAUUGAGGUACAGGGUCCCCGGCUUAAUGGGAAGAAAGAUGAGAUGGUGAACAAAAUCUACGGCCCUGACCGACGCCUUGACCUCACCAUUCAACAGGAAAUGCCCAUACUACAGGUGUCAUUUUUAAAUUUCCCAAAGACUCUAUUGUGUGGAGAAGUUCACCCUGUGACAGUAACAUUUACAAAUGUUGGCUCCACUCCUCUACAUAGACUCAAACUAGCCACAUCUAACCCCAAAUAUCUAGUGCUAGGACUUAAUACUGACAUUAGGACUUCUACAAGUGUGUAUACUAGUUCCUCGGACUGUAACGAGACCUCGUCAUGUGUAAACUGUGAUCCCUGUGCGGUGAAACGUGUGAUAGAUAUUGACAUUCCUGAAGGUGUGUUGCAUCCCAACUCUAGUAUAAGUCUACCCCUCUGGGUGCGGGGAAACGAUAUCGGGGGCGUGCAUGAAGUGGAUUUACUCUUCUAUUACGAGUCUGCUAAGCAGACUAAUAAACCUAAAUACCGCUUACUACGUCAUAACAUUCUAGUCAACACAGUUGAGUCCCUGAGUGUACGAGCGGUGGCCCAGAGGGCGUGUAAACAUUCCAGUGAGAAGGAAUCCCCCAGUGUAGGGGAGUUCCUCAUUUCCUGUGAACUGGAAAACCUCAGUCAGCAGCAGACGUCACGUAGCCAUGUACGGGAGGUGUUUGUACGACAGGUGUCUUGUGCCAGUAAACAGUGGGCCAUACAGUCUCUAUCCAAGUACCAUAACAAUGGAGUGUGUAUUGGGAGUAGGGAGCUGCUGCAGGUGUGUCUGAAGGCUUGUCACCUGCCCAGCCAGCCGUCAGCUGAGGGCAAUGUCACGUUCUCUGAUAUCCCAUUCCAAGAAAAUAAGUUGUGUAGCAGUGUGACUCCGUGUCGAGACUUCUAUGUGCGGUCAGGGGUGAAAUUGCAAACACUGGAGGAGCAGACAACAAUGGUGUCACCAUCGGCCCAGCUAGCCCCGCCCACCAGGGACGAAGGGCAGGAUUUUGCACCCCUCAAUUGUGCUAUAGACAUGGACAUUACCCUUAUCAUACUGUGGCAGGCUACAGUGGUUGACAGUGCGGGGACGGAGUCUGUGUGUGUUGGCCAGCAUCAUGUGGUUGUGGAAAAGCCAGACAAUAUCUUCACUUCAUACCCAUUCCAACAUGUACCUCGAGAGCGUGCCCCAGUGAGGUUUGUAAGGGAGGAGGCUGCUGAUGAGGAGACCAAGCCGGCUUUUGAGGUUCUCACCCAGCUAGUGUCCUACAGCCUCCAACACCCCACCAACAUCUCCCAUGACUUCACAAAGGCCAGGGUGUGUUGUCUCGGUGUGAAGCUAACCUUCCAGAACAAUUCAGAGGCCACCGUCAUCGUCCUCAUCGACACAAGCAAGGCACAACAAAGGUUGAGUGAGUACCAGGAGGGUGGACCUGCUCUGGACACAGUUGGGUCUGGCUUCUCCUGGGUGGGGCAGACACAGAGGCAGGUCAGCCUUGCUCCCAAACAGGUGUUGGAGGUACCAUUAACUGUGUCAUUCAGUCGUCCAGGUGUGUUCAACAUUAACAACCUGGCUGUGUUUGUUGCACACACUCCCGAUACAUCCCAGAUGACCCUCCAGAAACAGACCAAGCCCAGCGUCAUCACUGUUGCGAAUACUGGAGGGAGUAGGGAUGUGUGACAUGUCGUCACCAUGUGUGAGUGUAGCCUGCUCAUAAUGAAGUCAGAAUGAUUCUACACCUGUUGUGUGCUUAUUGUUCUGUGCAUCAUUUCAUCAUUUCAGUAUAAAAUCAGUAUUGAUUUUCUUAAUUGUGCACCACUCAACUAGUGUUAGAAACUUUUUCAUUUUAUUUUAGGUGGAAAAUGAUAUUGAUUUCACUCUUAGUCUUUUAAAUGUACUAUGAAUAGUCAGUGGUAAAUCUAAAUGAGUAAAAAAGCAGGUGCUUGUUGUUCAUAUAUGAAUGGUACUUAAUGGUCAGCCUGUGUUUGUUUAAGUCUAUUAAAAGCAACUUCUAUGUAGUAUUCAAGUCUUUAGAUGCAUAUGUACCGACAUUUUUGGGUAGAACAUACAACACCAAUAGAACUGAUACCCCCAGAGUAUAUAUAAUACAGUUUGAUGAGAUUGAUUGGAUGUGGGCAUGUACUGAAAGUGAUUCUUGUGCUGGUGCGUUCUUUCAAAGAAUGUUCACAUACAGUGCUAUAAAUUAAAAGUCAUAAAAUGUUUAUAAGCCAAUGUGUGAAUUCAAGGAUCUAGCACAAAACCGUUAUAUUGCCUUCUAUGUCUACAUGGAGUAUCAACAAUCUUGCACUAAACACACAUUUUGUUUAAUACUCAAACUUAUUAUCAUUUUGAAAAAUGUUACAAGUACAUGGCAAACCUUCUUGCUGUUCACAAUAUAAGGCAGUAUUUGAGAAUUAAAGACAUGUUGGUAAGAAUCUGCUGGCUUCACCAGUCACAAUUACUGGAUUAAAGACAUGGUGUAUUGACAUACUGUUGAUAUGUGAUUUGAAUCUGUUAUUCCAUGCCAUAUGUUAAUGCCGGUAUUGCUAUUAAUGCUUUCUGUGACAUGCAUUUGCUUUGUAUAUGUACUUUAGUCUUCCUCGAAGUUGUGACCGUGACAUUUAUUGCGGGUUUCGUAUGUUAGUUGUAUACUGUAUGCGUAUAAGUUUGCUUGUGAAUAUGUCAAAUUACCAUGUGACAGGAAUGCCUACAGAUAAAUAUUUGGUACAAUAAAACAAUACAGAGGGUAUUUUGAGUCUGACAAAUAAAAUCGUAUGGUCUUCAAUUUCAAGAAAGGUUAAUUGAUGGGCCUUUUUGCGGAUACCAUAUUUAGCUGGAUUUUGCACUUAAUUAGCCCAAUACUAUUUCCUUAUUUGGAAUGGGGUAAUGAACUAUGCUGGUGAAACUAUGCAGUGUAAGAUAGCAAGAGGGGGUAUCCACAAAAAAGACUAGAGCAUUUUGUGAUGAAAGCAAUAUAGCUUUGUACAUAGACUCAGUGUUUGUCUUGGACACAUUGUCCUGAUGUUAUGUUGCUAAUUGUUACAUGCUUAUUUUUUACUGGAAACUGUUCAUGUCUCACGGUAGACUUAUUGAAGGGUCAAAGCCAGUAAGAUGUAAGUGACAUUAAAUGAAAGAGCACUUCAGACUCUUUAGCUUGGACCUGAAAUAUUAGACAGUUUUCUCUUGCUCAUAGUUGAUAUAUGUUCUCGUAAAUGUUCUUUAGACAUUACAUACCAAAAGUGCAAUACAUUGUUAUAUAUUGUUGUUUUAUUUUUAUUAGUAUCUGUCUUUUGAAGAAUGAAAGUUGAGGUAUUGUCAUAACCCUUGUGUCAGUGUCGUCAGGCAAAUGCUGUUUUAAAGUGACACUCCUAUUUAAAAUCAAUACAUACACAUGUGCACAUUUUGAGUGAUAAACCUUUAAUUACUUACUUUCCUUUUCCACUUACUUAAUAAUGCAUUUAUGCAAAAUAUUAAUUGCUGAUAAAAAGAUUUUAACCAUGUAUUUAAUAGCUGAAAAUGCACAAAUCUAAGAUUUACAAUGAUCAACUACUGUAUCAUAAGGUGUUUUCUUUCAAAUAAAACAAAGUAUGCUUGAUGAGAACCACUGAUAUUGAUAUUUAUUCAUCCUUUUCGGUAAAUUAAAACAAUUGUAUUAAUUGUGGUAUUAUUUGGGAGUAAAAGUGCAUCUUUAAGAUAUUUAAGUGAAACUUGGUACACAUGUUGCCAGUGACAAUAUACACAUGUAAAGCAAGGCACAUAACUCUGGCUUUAAUUAUUAAUGAGUUGUGUCCCUUGUUCAACUGUAAAAACACAAACAGAUGAGAUUGGGUGUUUGCUUCACAAUGCUUUAGUUAAAUUAUUAUUUAGGGAUCCAUGUAUGGUAAGUGCAUUUUGUUUUGGCUGUUGGGGUUUAGCUAUAAAUAGAUUCAUUCAGCGGUGUUUAAUGUUUCUGUGACUUUUGGACCAAUUGCAUUGUAAAUGUCGUGUUUUUGAAAUUUCUAAACAAGUUUUAUCUCACAUGUUGGUGAAUGUGUCUUAACUUCUUUAUAUGGGAGCACAGAAACUGACAAUGAGUCUCUACCAUUCAUUUCAUUUAAGCCAUAUAUCACCACCUUAAUGCAAGAACUCAAUUACUACUUCUUUAUUCUAUAUGUAGUAAUUGAGUGUUUGCUUCAGGGUGACAAUAUAUAUAUAUAUUAAAUGAAAAAGAGUUAAUUUAGCCAGAAUUAAGCCGAUGGCCAUGAUUAUCGGACUACAAUAUAUUAUAAAAAUAUGUACAUGUAUUUGAAUCAUAUGAAAAAAAGAGUUAAUCAUUUCACAUUACCUUUAGAUUUUAAUAUGAUUCCCCAACAGGCUGUGUGUAUAUAUGGCAGGAAUGUUUUAUUGUAGAAGGGUUAAUGUUAUAAAGUUAUAACCAUAAUUAAAUACAUACAAAUGUGAUGGAAAUAUUUGUUCACUAAUACCUGACCUGUAUUAAAGUACUUUCAUUGGUUAAAUAAAGGAGAUAGAUAACUUCCCAGGUUUAUUAAAAGAUGAGAUGGGGGAGGGGAUCUAAACUGUUUUUUAAAGCGAAGUGUAGAUUGCUUGUAGUGUAUCAAGACUCCUCAGUAUAUUGACGCUAUUAAUUUUCAUUUCUGUCAGUUCCUAUCACUUUCUCGCCUUUUGCAAUGUAUUCAAGGGUUAGUUUAACCCUGAGGUACAUUGAGUAAGUCCUAAUAGGUGGCAGUGUGAGUCAGAGAUAUGUGAAGUUGUAUACAUACACACCCUCCCUCACUGACACUGACACCUGUGGUACCAUUAUGUUGAAUAUUUUAACUAUUGUGAAACACUUGCGCAUGCUUACUGCAGUUUAUGUUAUGUCGGAGAGUUUGAAUAUUAUGUCAGUUCUUAUGCAAUGUGUAAUCAUGUCUUAAUUGUGAUUUAUAUAUUAUUUGAUGUCAAAAUAAAAUAAACAAAGAAACUAU